AUGUAUUUCAAAGAGACAGGCUCUCAUGAGACCCUAUGCAUUUAUGCUGGAGGUCGACGCUCAGCCGAACGAAUAAUUUCCACGGAUGCCAGUGGAAAGCCAGUUGUUAUUGAUGAAGAUCCGCAGGGCCCGGACCCUCAGCAGCAGGAAGAAAUCACCCAGGAGCUGCUCAAAGUAUGGGGCGCCCACGCCAAAGUGUACUUUACAGUGUCUGACUUUUGCAAGGCUUUGCUCCAGUAUACGGAUGGCCCGACCGUUGCAGUGCUUGCCGGUGGCAACGACCCAAAUUGUGAGCUACUUGACUUCACUCUCUUUGCUAUGAGCGCGGGGUAUGACUUUGUGGUGGUUGUCCGGUCGCCGCCUCGUGGCAGCGUCACCAUCAAAAGUAAUCCCCGCGUACCUGAACCAGGCUCCAAGUGCAGUGAUUUGUGUGGCUCGUUGGCGUGCGAAGUGGACAUCUGUCCGGAAAAGCCUCCGCUCGCCUGCCAGGUCGGCUCAUCCCGACGCUACGACAACUUACUCUUUGCGGAACCCGGCGUGCGACCGCAGGAACUGGACCAGCAGCUGAGUCUCAACAGAUGGACUUUUCGCCACAGGGCUGAGCAAUGGGCCAGUAAGCUGUCGAAUAAUCGCAUCUCAUUGUUACCAAACUCUAAGUUGCCCAAGCUCUACAUGGGCCAGGUGACCAUUUCUGAGCUUGUCACAGAGGAGGUCCUAGCCGUAAUCGAGCAAGAUCUUCAAAGUCUCGAUUUUGAUACCUUCAAGUACAAGUCGGAUGAGCUUCUUGCCGCAGGGUUCCUUCUGUUGAAGGCGGUGUUCCGUUUGCCUGGGCUAGAGCAACACGCUCUUCGCGACGACAAGCUUGUUUGGUUCCUGCUCGUGCUCAGGAGAUGCUACACUGUCACCACCCCCUACCACAAUUUCGCACAUGUUAUUGAUGUUUUACAAGCGACUAUUUAUUGUUUAGUGCACUCUGGUGUACUACCAUCAUUCGCCGACAUGUUCAAUUCCCGUGUCACUCCCACCCUUCCUGCAUCCACCUCGCUGCCGAUUAUGAAGAUUGCAGCGCUAGUUGUCGCAGCGCCUGGUCACGACCUUUUCCAUCCUGGUUUCAACGCCAAGGUCAUGUGCAAAGGCAAGUGCUGUUUCAAGUCACUGGAGGCCUUCCACUCGGCCCUGUACCUUGAAAUGCUCCAGCAGCUGUGGCCAGUAAUGGCAGAAGGCGCCACCGGUGAGCUCGUUCGCCACAUCAUUCUCGCCACUGACAUGGCUCGGCAUAAUGACUUUUUGACCGAUGACGGCACCCCCGUCGGGCCUCCAGGAUCCAGUGCCAGCAACGAGCAACAAGCUCUGUAUCUCAGCCGUGUGAUCAAGGUUGCCGAUCUUUUUAAUGCCGCCAGACCGUUCCCAGUAUCGUUCAAACACGCUCUGUCUAUCAACAAAGAGUUCGAUUGGCAGUCCCAGACCGAACAGAUUCUGGGUUGGAUCCCCACACAAGAGUGCGGCAAGCUCGAGCAUGAAAAGGACGGGGUUAAAGAGCCCUCGUUUUGCACCGAAAGAAUCAAGAAGCGUCAAUCGUUUUUCACCAAUGUCUUUGUCCGGCCCCUGUUUGAUCUUAUGAGCAAGGACCACCGACAAGCAUUUCUUGGCCGACUCCUCGCUGCAAAUGAAGCAGAGUGGGAAAAACACUGGUCAAAGCCGCAGUGCCAGCCCGAUAUCGCCAUGCAGCGGUGCUGUGCCAUCUGA